AUGAUGUGGUGCCUUUCCUCUCGUCCUUCGCUCGUCCUCCAACGACGGCGGUUCAAGUUGGAAACGACGACGACGCGUUGGGAUGAUGCUGAUAUUGACGAUGAAUGUGAGAAGCACAACAGGGCAGAAACUAUCGUCAAUUACGCUCUGGAAAGUGGGAAAGACGUCGUCGUCGCCGACGUCGGGUGCGGUCACGGACAAAUGUCUCUCUUGUUGCACUCUCGAGGCGUGAAGAGAGUCAUCGGCAUAGAUAAGAGCCAAAACGAAGUGAACUACGCGAACGAGUGUUUACGGAGUUUUCGGAGGAAGAGUACGAGUGCGAGCGAGAGUGGUGAGAGUGGUGACGAUGAUGACGAUGAACAUCAGAAAACAAAGAACAAAAUAGAAUUUCGCAUCGGGGAUGGGUUGGAGAGCGUGACGGAAGAGAACGUAGACGUGGUCAUUUUCGCCGGGAUGGGGACGAAACUCAUUCGAAAGCUACUCUCUCGCGGGAGAAGCGUGGAAACGAGCAGCAGCGUUCGUACUUUAGUGAUAAAUCCACCCGCGGGUGAGUUAGUCGAAUUUCGCGAGUGGUUGUGGCAAAAUAAAUGGUGCAUAGAGAAGGAGUCUUUGAUUAUAGAGAACGCGAACGCGCACGUUGUCAUGAAGUGCACGAAAAAGACAGGCGAAGAGAAGACGCUUUCGGUGCUCGAUUUAUGGCUGGGGAAGUUACAAGAAGAGAAAAAGAGCUCAAACGUUAAAGCGUACGCAAUCAACCGCCGAGAGUACGCGAAAGAACGAAUGGGCGUACUCGAAGGGCUCCAAAGCGAAGGACGACUUCGAGACGAACGAGAGCUCGAACGGUAUAGAAACGCGUACGUCGCGCUCGCGAGCUGGUUGGAAGAAGAAAAGACGUAG